AAACUUAUCUAUUUUGGGGUUACCAGGUAAAAUCGGUCACACACUCGCAACUUGUAAACAAAUCCUUAAUUGUCCCCGUAAAUUCGUGAAUUUGGCAAACUAUAAUUGAAAAUGCUGUCCCUAACCGAUCCUGGCAACUCCGUGGGCAUUCCCGACAAGGCCUGGCAGCCGCAUUUCGUGACUCUGGAAACUAGCAUGGGUGAAAUCACCGUGGAGCUGUACUGGAAACAUGCCCCCAACACGUGCCGCAAUUUCGCCGAGCUCUCGAGGAGGGGCUACUACAACAAUGUGGUGUUCCACCGCAUAAUCAGGGACUUCAUGAUCCAGGGCGGCGAUCCCACGGGAACGGGACGCGGCGGCACCUCCAUUUACGGAUCGGAAUUCGGGGACGAGCUGCACGGCGAUCUGAAGCACACGGGCGCGGGCAUCCUCUCGAUGGCCAAUUCAGGACCCGACACCAAUGGAUCCCAGUUCUUCAUCACCUUGGCGCCCACGCAAUGGCUGGAUGGCAAGCACACGAUCUUCGGAAGGGUCUACACCGGCAUGGAAGUGGUCAAGCGGAUUGGAAUGGUGGAAACCGACAAGAACGAUCGUCCUGUGGAUCCCCUAAGGAUAAUUAAGGCCAAGGUGGAGAAGCUAUAGGAAUGCAUGUCAAGAAGUACGAUUAUACUAAGCGAAAGGUGUAUGUUUAAAUAUAUAAACAAUAUUUACAAAUUUUAA